CAUUCAGUUGGUCGGCGAACAGCGGAGAAAUCGUUGAAGCUUUUAAUUUUGGGCGAAAUUGCUUUUAGUUAACUCUAAACAAAAAUAAUAAUAAAAAAAAAAAUUAUGAAAAAUUGACGCACGUAAAUUGUUUUGAGGCAAUUUUCGGUGUUUAAUGAAUGCAAAAUAUUCCGUGGAGUGUGUGUUCUAUUAACCGUUAAGACCUGCACGACGGUGGUGGCGUUUUGUACACAUAAAUCAAAAAAAGUUUCAUUUUUAAAAUUUUGUCGUUUUAUUUAUAAACUUUUUACAUUUUCGAUGUGACGUAAACAAACUCUUUUUUAAACCGUGUGGCCGAAACAUUUUCCAAAUUAACCUUGUUCUGUGCGGAUUAAAAACACCAAUUUGCAUCAAUUGAAUUUUCUUGGGAGAAAAAAUAUUUUUCAUUUUCCGAGUUUUAUGAUUUUAAUGAUGGAUUGAUGUUGAUGGAUUGUUUAAUUUGAAAUGAAAGUAAAUUGACCGACUGUUUCCAUCAAAAGAACUCUGUGUCUCUGUGUAUACAGCUAGUCGGAUACCAAAUUUUAUAAAACAUUCGUUCGAACACAAUAACGCAAGCUAUAUCAUGCUGACGUAUUCUUGUGGAUAUCAAUCGCCCUGCUGAUGAUCGUUGAUGACACAUUUUCUUCGAAAAUUCAAAUUCUUUUGUGACUUUCGAUUUGGUGAAUCAGCGGGUAAACUAAAAAGAAAGUGUUCGAUUAGCAGACAUAACCAUUCGCGUGUCUAGAACUCAUAAUACUUUCUGUGAGUGCAAAAACAAAGAAAAUUUCACAGCUGCAUUUAUGCUGUUAAAAAUAUAGGUCAAUGCCAACGCAUCGUGCAUAAACAAACCAUAAAUUGUUCAAUACAUGGAUAGAAAAAUGUAUUAUCCAAAAGAAGUCAUGGAUUCGCCGAACAAAACAAUGAGAAAAGUUCGUUUCACAUUACCAGAACAUGAAAACAAUUUCGUGUCGCUGAUACAAUCUAGAAAUUCACCAGCUGUUCACAUAAAAAAACAGUCCGUACCACCGCCGUCGUCGGUAGACGAGUCCAAAGUCCAUGGCACCUGUUGUUAUAUCAACGGUACAUUGAAUUUCGUUCAAGACGAGUUCAAACCAAUCACACCGGAAAAGAAUGGAUCGAAAACCGGACAGAAAAUUGAAAAUAAAACGGUCGAUCCCAAACAACUACGACCGUGCAUAAAGACGUCGCGAAAGUCAAGGGAAGUUAGGUGUACGACUGUGGAAAGUGAAAGCAGCUCCACGACAAAAUCAUUGCCAUUACACAGUAGUUUAAGCAAAAAAUUCCAUUAUUUUAUCCGAAGCAAAAGUGAGAGUCGCGGCCGGAAGACUGAACUGCCGGACAGAAAUCGAAAAUCUAGCGCUGUAUAUUCGCUCGCCGCAUUCUACUUUCCCGACAAUAUGAAAACGAAUUCCAUGCCAAAAAAAUCGCCAAGACAAAAACAAAUUUUAACCAAAUCAGACAUUCUAACCGCGAGCCCUUCCGUUUCGUUGCCCAUUCCAGUUCACGAACACGUCGAUAAGUUACCGAACGUCACAAAUAUGUACUUGAACGGCGAUCCAACCGAUAAAGAAUCAAUUCCGCAGAUUUCGACCAGAAUACAACAGCUUCCCCAUAUGAACCAAAUGGUGAACAACGACGCAAACUUGCAAAAUUUUACCCAAUUUUUCGACAGAUGGCGCCAACUUGAAAGUGCUGCUAGUCGAAAACGUUUAUCCAUACAGGCAAAUGAAAUCAAAAUCAAUGGUGAUGCGCUCGGUGCGGGGAUUCACGCUAGCAAAAAACUGUUGUUUCACAAAAAGAUGCCAGAUGCUAAGAGUUUCAGUCUUCUAUCGUCCAACUAUCGUAAACGAAUAAUGAAUAUCGAAAAAACUCCGCUAGUCACAUCCCUAAUUAGAGCAUGCAAAAAUGCAGACAAGGACGAAUUGAUGCAAGUCAUGUGCAGUAUUGAACAGAUCGGUAUUUCGACGAGUGAUCUUAAUUCCGUUGACCAGAAUGGCAGGACCGCAAUAUCAUACAUCUGUGCAACAUCUCUGACAAAAGUUCUGGAUUUCCUACUGAAACAACAAGGCAUCGAUGUCAAUAAGGCUGACAAAGACGGAAAUACACCGUUACAUUUUGCUGCCGAAGCCGGUCUGUCGGAAAUGAUUAACAUGCUGAUCACACGCAGUCGCAGUUUGAAAAUUGAUGCCAAAAAUAUAUUCGGAAUGACGCCGCUAAUGAAGGCCGCCAUACAGGGCCGAACCGAUUGUGCCAAACGGUUAAUGUUAGCAAACGCAUCACCAUUCGAAAAAGACUCUGUACGCGGCCUAACUCCACAACAAUGGGCACGGUUCUGUUGUCGCAUAUUCUGUGCCGACGCAUUGGGUGAAUUGAUUAAAAAACGCAAUUCAUUGCAACAGAGUGCAUAUCUCAGGAAAGAACUAGUCAAGCGAGACAAGAUUGCUGUUGAAAAGGUUAUGCCAUAUAAGGCUUCAGAUCCGCGUAAAGACGGCUUAGUGUCGAAGCUCCGAAACAUCCUACCAUUUUACCGUCCAAAAUUGGUUGCCGAAACCGAUUCACCGGAUCUGCACUGCAGCAUGGAUGCCGUUCCCACGGUUGAAAUUACACCGGCGAAUAAUCAUCAAUUGAUCAAUAAGUACGCCAGCCUCUAUGCGGCUAAAAAGUAUGUUGCCACAGUCGAUGAAUUUGAAGCUCCACCGAAAGUGCCAUUACGACGGAAGUCUAGCAACGAGUGAAUGGAAAUUUAACAUAAAUUGAGGCCCAUGAUGGUUGUGAUAACGCCUUUUAUUGAUGCAUUUGUUAAUUUUAGUUUUAAGUUUUUGAAUUGUAAACGCUUUAGGUUUGUAAGAAUUCUCUCAUUAAAAUUGCAUGGAAUGUGAACGCUCAGCA